AUGCAGCAAUUGCGGGGAAUGCUUUUCCUGCACCGGCAGCCCACAGAGGCGUGGGCCAACUGGCACACUCGAAGCCUACGAGCAGCCAGAGUGCACUUACACCGCAUGGGGGGCGAAAGAUGGUCCACCUACAUCCUGCGACGCAUUUGGACACUUUGGGGGCACAUGGCCCGCGGAGGGGAGGAAGUCAAUGCAAUGGUCACCUGGAAAAACCUUGCCUUCUGGCGGGAACAGCAGAGCAAACCGCGAAAGAAGAGAGUUACCCAUGUGGGCCACUUCAACCCAGAGGCGGAUGUAGAGAGAGCAAUUGAGGCCAUUGCAGGCACACACUGGGGGGAGAUCGCACACGACCGACACAGAUGGCACGACCUCACUCAAGCCUUCGUGACCCGCUAUGAUGUACCAUGGGCCACUGGGAAGCAACAAGCAAUACAAGACAACCUCCUGCCCAAUGGGAGACGUGGCCCGCCCGGCCGCACAACCUGCUUCAACAACUACAUGCCCACACCCUACAGCACCAGAGAGCGCAACCAAAAGAAGAGCAGCUGUCAGUUCGUUUUGCUGAGAGCAGUGCAGUCCUGUGCCAGUGUCGAGUGCAGCUCGCCUACGCACCCGCAGCCAGCACCUCGAGACGCAGCCCGGAAGGUAGCAAUGGCGGCCUCAGAAGUGGAACAAUGUUACAUUUGUAACAGUGGGAAUAUGGGCCGCCACGUUGCCCACAACCGGCUUGCACCUGGCUGCAAGUACUAUGGGGUGCCACAGGGGCGCCGAAAACCGCCAGCAGCGGGGGAGCCUUUACCGAGCGCAAGCACUACAGCCCUGCCUCCAUCUACUGGGGGAGCGCCGGAGCCUGACACAGAGGAUGAUACUGAGGAAGAGUGCGCGAGCUCCACAAGUGAAAGUGGAGAGCCUGGUUCUGACCCACUCUGGGGGAAUCAUCAACAGCGGCGCUCGGCACGCACCUGGGUAACUAAUCGUUACCAACCGCUCCUCGGCCAACAACUCUGGUGGGACAAGGCUGCAGGGAUGCUGCAUGUCCCGGGGGAGACUGUCAACCGGAGCACUAUGCGACAGUUGGGGGAGGAACAAAGCGCGGAGCUGCUCAACAGGUUAGCCAACUUUGCCUACGAGACGAUGAUGAUGCUCAAAGUUUUCGAUGGGGAGGACAUGAGGGAACAGAUCGUGAACCAGCUCACGGACAACCCGCUCCUCGCCAAAGACCUCCAUACGGCCUGCAAGAUUAGGUUCCAAAGAGAGUUGGGACUGCCUUUCGCCGAAGUGAACCAUGUCCUGCAGAGCACUGGCCGGGGGAGGGGCAGCGGCAGCAGCACGUCAGCGCCUGCUCCGCAACCUUCUCAGUCGGCGGAGCAAUGUGCCCAAGGUGGGGAGGACGCUCCUUCGAACCAAGUGCCUCCACAACCACUUGCCAGCGGGGGAGGACAAGCUACACCCGACUGGACAGACCCAGCGCUGGAUGUUGCUCCAAGAACGCCGGAUCCAGAUUGGAAUGACCCAACGGGGGAAGUGGCACCUUCGACACCUGACUUGCCUGUUCCUGUGGUGAACAGCCCUACAAGCCCAGCGGGGGACCUACACGGAAUCCUCGACGAUGAGUCUGCUGAAGAGGCGGGGGAAACAAUGUGGCCGACCCGUGCAGCCAUCGAAACUGUCUUCGGCAAAGUCUCCACAACCGACCUCAAGAGGAUCUGUGGGGUCACCGUGGAGGGACACAAGGACAGUACCACGGCUGGUUCCAGCACGCACCCCGAUGCUCGGGGAAGCAGGGAGCAUGGCAGCGAAGAGGGGGCAGCGGCAGAGCAACUCUAUUCGAGAGUUCUACAAGACAUCAACGACGAGGCUGGAGUGGCAACCGUGGUCGUGGAAGAACAUAUGCCAGCCAACGUCGACAGCAGCAGUGCAAAGGCGGGGGAGAGCUUCGCGAAAAAGCUUAAAGAAGACAAGAAGACCAGGCAGUUUGUCGUACAAGGCAAAAGUCACUCGCACCAAGCACGUAGUCUACGUGUUACCAAACCAAAGAGCUCGGGGAGACAGACAUCCAGUUCAACGCGGGGGACAGCUGGCAUCGCCGACCAGUUCCUACGAGUAGCCAUGGAAGCGGACACAGAAGAACGGAGUACGAUGGAGGGGAAAAGUCGAAGAGCACAUCCUGCCGGUGCUGCUCCCGAUAAACCACCUCUCAAGCGCAAGAAGCACAGUGGCAAGAGGGGGAGCGAACGCUUCCACGAGCCGCACGGUGGCGUCUGA